AUGGCACUGGAAAAAGUAAAGAAUGACACUAGCGUUCUCAAACAAGCUAAGGUGUUUAGCCAGUCACAGGAAAAUGUGGGAAAAGGCAUCAUCAUUGCAGGUGAUCCCACAGGAGUCCAUCAGAAGAGAGAUGUGACUCAAUCUAAGUGGAUUAAAGGUCUUCUGUUGGUUCUCUGCGUCUUUGUUGUUUUUGCUGUUGGUGGUCUCUGUGUUUUGGGGGUCCUGUAUAAUAAUCAGCUUGGAGAUUUUGAAUCACUGCAUGUACAGCACCAAAGGGCUUUAAUGAAACUGUCGACUCAAGAGAUUCAUGCCACAUACAUGGAGAGAAAACUUAAAGGGUUAACAGCCAACCUCACCACAGUUAGAGAUCAACUCUCUUUUUGUAAAGUGAUGGAGAGAAAACGAACAGCCAACCUCACCACAGUUACAGAUCAACUCUCCUUUUAUAAAGCUCAGUUUUGCAAUCUCUCGGUGGAUGGCUGGACAGUUUGUGGUGAGAAGAUUUACUUCAGCACUGAUCAACUAGACUGGACAAGCAGUCGUGCCAUGUGUGUUUCAAUGGGAGCUGACCUGGUUACCAUAACCAGCCAAAAAGAACAGGACUUCCUGGUGUCUAAAGUCAAAGAGAGUCACUGGAUCGGUCUUAAUGAUCUGGAGACUGAAGGUCGAUGGGUUUGGGUGAAUAACAAAACUCUUGAGGAGACCCGAGUAGAGUUCUGGCACAAGAGGACAUCUGAGAAAAGUGAACCUGAUAACUGGAAGGUGGAGGAUCCAUCUGGAGAAAACUGUGCCAGUCUGGGUCUCCACAGCAGCCAUCUACACAAUUGGUUUGACAAUUCUUGCAAAAGGCUGAAGAGGUUUAUCUGUGAAAAGAAAUAAUUUACUUUCACAUAUGAUAGAGGUCUGCUUUCUAAAUAUGCAAACAUACUUCAGACACAAUAAUAAAAGACAAAGAGACGUGUUAGAUUAGGCCUGUUCUCCAUUCAAGUGUGAGUAAAAUCUUAACCAUGUCACAGUCCUUUCAUCCUUGUAAAUGUAUUUUGUUAUUAGUUAAAGGGGUGGUUUAAUGGUAUUUCAAGCAUUCUGACUUAUUAACACAGUUAUAGAGUUGUUUCCUCAUGCUAAAUGUAGGCAAAGUGUCAAAAAAGCAGUUGGGUGUGUUACAGAGUAUUUCUGUGCCGAAUGCACUUUGCCAAGGUUCGUACAAGUUUUCGGAAAGUUUUUUUCGAUUACAGGUCCAGCUGACGUUGCAAGGGUUUUUAUACAUAUCAGUUAUUUUUAUGGGCACUUUCCCAGGAAAACACCACCCACCCGUCAAUCAGCGGGAGACGCUAGCUUGCAAACAGCUUAUCACGCGACAGCUUUGUUUAAUUUCAAAACUCAACAAUGGCACGAAAAAAGAAGUGUGUUUUUGGAUGUAGGGAGAAGAAAGUCAGCCUUAUAUAUAAAUAACUCCUCCUACUUCAUUUUUUCGUACGUUAUCGGAAAGAUUCGGUAAAGCUAAUCUUUCUUUUAUAAAUCUGAUUAAACUAAAUACUCUCCGGGGAGGAUGUAAUACUACUACUCCACAUUAACAUCAGAAAUGCAGAAACAGCAUGUUAUGUGAGCUUAAAAGCAAAAAUCUUGAACAUUUUUCUUAAACACUAAAUUCAAGAAAAAUUCAAGAAAUUUUUGCUUACCCCAUUGGCAGAUUUUUUUGCUUAUUUUAUGCACAAAAUUACUUAAAUUUGAUAUUUUUGGUCUAAAAGCUAGACUUAUUUUCUUGGGUUGUUUUGCUCAUCAAGAUAAAGUACCAACAGAUUCAUACUUGCAGGUGUUUAAAACCAAUAAAUGUUUAUAUCUUAUGAGAAUUCAUACAUAUUUUACGAGUUGGCUAAUUUGAAUUAAUUCAUAUGACCACAUUUGUAAGUUUUUGUAUGAUUCGCCUUGACCCCUUUGACGUUGGGGUUAGGUGCGAGAUUAGUGGUUUGGUUUCGUUGUUGUUGUUUUUUCAUGAGAAUCCAACACAGUGUUCAGAAAGUUUGCUGCUUUAAAUGCACAUGCUUUAACAGCCUGAUGAGAAUUAAAAAUGAUAAAAAUCUUUACAAUUCUCAAAGUACACUGUAAAAAAUUCCUUAAAUAAAAUUGCACUUAAAGAACCUGAGAUCAUUUAACUUCUUUUUAAUAAUUGAUAGCAACUCCUCACUAGUCAAAAAAGUUUAAAUUAAUUGUAAAUUCAAGUAAAUUACUUAAAUAUUUCCGUGCAACAAAUUUUUCAAGAUUAUGAUUAUGAUUUAUUUAUUGAUUUAUUUUUGCAAAGCAACACAAUGUUAAUUUAAUUAUCAAUCUUUGAACUAUCAAUCAAUCACAGACCAUUAUCAGAAAUGGCAGCACAGAUAAAAAGUCAAGCUGAGAAGAACACAGAAUGCAAAACAGAAAAACUCUACAAAGAGCAAAGUGAUUCUCUGUGCCAGAAUCCCCUCAUCAUCACACAGAUAUCAGCCGUUUUCAGGCUUAGGGAUACAUUCUGUUGUGUGGAGAUUACAUACUGUAGA